AUCAGGUUGUCUAAAUGUCGCUCACUGAUGUAUAGGUAAAAGUGGUCUAACUUACCCUGGAGCAGCGCUUCUUAUUGGUACAACAGCUCUGGGAAGCAAGAAAGACAAAAACCUCAGGUUUUAGUAUUAUUGCGACUUGGAUAUCCACUCAUCGUUUGUUUGACUGCUUUGGCGAGCAUCUUGCUUUACGCGGCCAGAAAAUGACGGAUCUGUCCGGCACGGAGUUUGAGAUCGACGUGGAGGGCCUGGAGACGGAGAGCGAUGAUCAGGCGGUGUUCACCGGCCCCGGAGAGGACGACACGGGGUCCAAAGACGACGACAAAUCUGACCGCUUAAAUCUCGGCUCUGGAGACCAGCGCAAACUGAGCCGCACGCCGAAAUGCGCCCGAUGUAGGAACCACGGCGUUGUGUCUUGUCUAAAGGGGCACAAGAGGUUCUGCCGAUGGAGAGACUGUCAGUGCGCAAACUGCCUGCUGGUGGUGGAGAGACAGCGCGUAAUGGCUGCACAAGUGGCACUGCGGAGACAGCAAGCGACAGAGGACAAAAAGGGAAUAACUGGGAAGCAAAUACCAGUGGAAAGACGAAAUAUCUAUCAGCGACACAUCCGCCCAUCGACCAUGCUGGCAAAAAGCAUUUUAGAAGGAUAUCGUCCAGUUCAGAAUGACCCUUUCCUGGGUGCCAAUCCCGCACUACCCCCUCCUCUGAGCGACCGCAUGAGGAAGAGACGGGCCUUUGCUGACAAGGAGCUGGAAACCAUCAUGUUGGAGCGAGAAUACAAAGAACGGGAGCUUCUUGAAUCCACCCAGUCCAACUCAGCCUCGCUCUUCAUGCCGGGCAGUAUGGUCCACGCCGCUGAAUACAACUCCUACAAGACGGCCUUCUCAUCCGCCUCCGCCCCAUCCACCGUCGAACCCUCUCCCAAAGAUCUGUGUGGCUUUCUACCCGGCUGUCUAGAUCUCUCUCUGCAAUAUGCUGCCACUGGCGGGACCACAGCAAACGUGGAGCUCAUCUCCUCCAACGUCAGCGUAGCCACCACCUACCGCCAGUACCCGCUUUCCCCGCGAUUUGUAAUGUGGCCGCGGGGCAGCAGCAGUAUUAGCGAUGCCCUCUUAUACCAGCAAUGUCUCCUGAACGCUACCGCAGUCCAGAACUUGAAACCUGGAGCGGUUUGGGACCCAAAGAUGAUGAGCUCCACCGAAAGUCACCCUCCUGAGCAGGAUGCACCCGCAUCCCGGCUUGAGGGAUCUCGAGUGGCUCCAGAGUCAUCAGACCUCCAGCCGGGACCCAGAGAGGCUCAGACGGGACUCGGCCACAAUGGAGGUGCCCGCUCGGCCUUCUCCCCUCCUAAAAGAACUUACGGACAGGUUUUCUCUCCACAAGCAGGAAGCCACGAGCACGUGAUCAACAACAUGAGCAAAGACACGGCCAAGCACACACUGUCCAUGAAGUUAAACUCCUUCCAUUCGCUCAUCCAGCAGACGCUCAACGACAAAAAUCCAGACACAAACAGGCCCUACUGUAAGGAGCUGCUGGAGGAAGCGGCGAAAAAGUUCAGGGAAGGUACAGCCAAAGACACAGUGGGACUCAAAAGCUCGGAAAGAGCGGCAAAGGACUUUGUAGCAAAGCCGCGGUGCAGCAAGGUCACCGCUGGAGAGUCGCUGUCGUUCUCAGUGGAAGCCAUAUUAAAAAGACCGGCGCUUUCUUUAAAUCGGAAAUCUCAGUAAGGCUUCUUGCUAACAACAACAGCAAACCUUAAAAGUAAAAUUGUAACUUUGUGCUGAUUGUAUAUUUAUUUUCAAAUGCAUAUUUUUUAAGUUUAUAUAAAUACAAGACAGAAAAAGAUGAUCCUAGGAAUAAUCAAAAGGGCAUAUGUGCAGCUUUAUGGACACUUCUGUGUGUAUAUAUAUAUAUAAAUAAAUGUACAUAACAUUUCAGACAUGCAUGUUGUACAUUAAAAUAUAUGAUAAUGUGUAGAGUAUUUAAUUGUAAAUGUUAAUUUUGCUACAUUAAAAAUGUCAAUAAAAUGAAAUUUCGAAAUAA